GAGGUGAGUGCUGCUGCAGAACUACGUUUAGCCUUUACGCAGACUUAAACACUUUGCAGUGGAACAUCUGCUUCAAAUCCUCUUGUGAUCACCAUGCAGUUACCAAAUGAGCUUCGGCCUCAGAUCAAUGCAAAAAUAUUCUUUGUGGUCUUCAUCCUGACCUCUGCCCUCUCCGUGUCCUCCCUGCUUGCGGACAACGAAAAAGGACGAAGGAAAGUGGUGCACGUUCUUGAGGAUGACACCGGAGCUGUGAUUGUGCAGACAGCUCCUGGUAAGGUGGUGACACACCGAGGCGGCUCCAUCACUCUGCCCUGCAGGUUCCAUCACGAGCCGGAGAGCACCGAUCCCGCCCGCAUCCGGAUAAAAUGGACCAAAGUCACUGAUGCUCUGCAGUUUGAGGAUGUGUUCGUGGCACUCGGAAAGCAGCAGCGUCUGUUUGGCUCCUAUCGAGGGCGCGUGCUUUUGGAGCAGGCAGGACCAGGUGAUGCCUCGCUGAUCAUCCAAAAUGUCACGCUGGAGGACUACGGUCGCUAUGAGUGUGAGGUCACUAAUGACAUGGAAGACGACACAGGAUUUGUCAGUCUUGACUUAGAAGGUGUGGUUUUUCCCUACUACCCCCGUGAGGGGCGCUACAAGUUCAACUACCACCAGGCGGAGGAUGCCUGCAAACACCAGGAUGCCAUUCUGGCCUCUCAUUCUCAGCUGCACAAAGCCUGGCUAGAUGGAUUAGACUGGUGUAAUGCUGGGUGGCUGGAGGACGGCUCAGUCCAGUACCCCAUCUCUCAUCCCAGAGAUCAGUGCGGCCGAAAGGACACCCCAGCUGGAGUUCGUAACUAUGGCUACAGGCACAAGGAGGAGGAGCGCUAUGACGCGUUCUGCUUCACUUCUAAGCUCAAUGGCAAGGUGUAUUUCCUGAAACGCUUCAAGAAGGUGAACUACGCGGAGGCAGUGAAGGCUUGCGUUCGAGAUGGUUCCGCGGUGGCCAAAGUGGGUCAGCUUUAUGCAGCGUGGAAGUUUCAGCUUCUGGACCGCUGUGAGGCCGGCUGGCUGGAGGACGGCAGCAUUCGCUACCCCAUAGUGAACCCCCGCUCCCGUUGUGGAGGGUCCCAGCCGGGGGUUCGGCACCUGGGCUUCCCUGAUAAAAAAUUCCGCCUCUACGGGGUCUACUGCUUCCGCAAGAACAAGGACGAACCUGUAGCUGAUACUAAAGUCACAACACGUCCUACAGGUUCUUUGAAAAUGUGGAAAGGCGACAACUACAUCCCUGAAAAUGCCACAAGGGUGAUUUAAAGAGGACAGACUGAGAGCAGGAAGGGUAUGCAAUUUAACAUCUGACUGCAAGUGUCGUCUCGCAGCCAAACCCCACUCAUUGCUUUUAGAGUAAAACACCGACAGAUGAGAUGCACUCAGCUGCAGAUCUGCCAGAGAGAUGGAAUAAAUUUAAGGGAGAUGAUGCAAAAUUAAGGGUGACAUCUCUAUUAGGGUGAUUUUUACUUUCAUCUCUCCAGUCAAUCUAUCAUCUUAAGGAGUGUGUUGGCACAUAUCUGUGACUGGAAAAUAGCUAAAUUAAAUAGUAGCUUGAUCAUCACUCAGGCAAGCAUCCGAUCAGAGCGUCUGUCGUGGAUAUUCUUGUUUACGUGUGCGUUUGACUGAUAACUUGGCCACCGCUGUGUCGCCAGAGCUCUGAGCUCUGAGUCUGCGUGCCAGGGGGGAAAACAUCAACUACAUAGUCAGAUCGAAUGAUCUGCCCAAUUGUGCAAAAAAAAGAUGCCCUGUGAGUUUGUAGUGACUGCAUGUACAGUAUCUGGGUUUGAAGUGUGGUUCUCUCAUCUACUAAGACGUGACCAUCUCAUCAUUGGAGCUGAACAAGCCAAUUAUUAAUAUUGCACUAAUUCUACAAUCUGCACUUUAAAUGCACAGAGCUUUGUUUGAUGGUAGCAUCUUAGGUUAAACUUGCAUGUAUUGUUUGGCUGAGAUUAGUUGCUGAAGCUGAAUUAGCAAACAUACUAAAUGACAAUAUCAUUUACUUCAUAUACUGCUUAGCUGCCUUAAGGUUAUCUGAACCAUUCAUUACAUCAUUAAAAUGACCUUUAAUGCAAACUAUUGUUGAAACUAUGCCAUGGAUGGAUGUU